AUGAAGAUCAAGCUUCUUAUCUGUCCAUGGAUUUUUGCGACUGAAGCUGGCGAAGAAUGUGCCAUCGACUCGCGGGAACGAGAAAUUCUCAUGUUCCUGGCUGUGAUUAUUGCAUGGAAAGGACGAAAAGCCACUAACUGGCUCCACUACAUUAACAACAUAUUCUUAUUCUCCAAAGUUGCUAAUAUAGCUCUAUUUCUUCGUGCAGAUGCUCUUGUGGGCAUCGUGUAUUUACUGAUCACUCUUGCAAUUACUGUAAUCGUGCCCGAACCCGUGUAUACAGGUCCGGAGAAGGUUACGUACUAUCAAGGAUCGGAACUUUUUGAAGAACUUGGUAAGGACCGUAAAUCCAUUUUCGUGAUACAGUUCUACACCACCUGGAGUCCCGAUUGUAAACAUGUUACACCAGUGUUUGCUCAACUCAGUGAGAGAUUUUCACUACCAAAUCUUCGUUUUGGCAAGCUCGACAUAGGUCGUUGGCCCAAGGAAGCGGAGCGUUUUCGCGUUAGUGCGCAUCCGACAUCUCGUCAACUGCCAACUAUCUGCAUAUUCAAAGAUGCUAAAGAACUGAAGCGAAGACCGAUCGUCAAUGAUAAGAUGCGAGCUGUUCCAUUUGUCUUUAAUGAAGACAACUGCAUCUUCGAAUUCGAUUUACUGAAUGUAUAUAAGGAAUGUCUGGAUAGGUUGUCAGCUAAAGAGAAGAAAGAAAUUGAAAGUAAGAAAGAAAAAUGAUUCGCUUUCAUUCUUGUUGGUAUUGUACAUAUCAAAUAGGAAUGAGUGUAGUUCGGAUUUGCAGCUUUAUUAUGCUAGUUAGUUUUUUUAGAAAGAUCUGGAUGAUUCGCAUUUUUUAGCAUUUGUUAAUAGGUGAGAAUUCAAUUCGAUAUCAUUUAUGCAUUUAUUUGCAAUGAUGAAAAAUUUCUACUCUUUUUCUUUGAAUGAUGAGCACACCAAAAGUCUUCCUGAUGCUCUGCAUGACUUGUUGUCAUAAAUUUCUUCU